AUGUUUCUCAAGAAGCUGCUCCCGGUCUUCGCCCUCACAGGCACAGCUCUCUCCCAGAGCAAAGAAGGCGUCGAAGCUCUUGACCCACCCCGCAGAGACCUCUUCGAAAAGGACCUCUCCGACUGUCCCGGCUACAAAGCCACUUCCCAUCGCUCCACCAAGUCAGGCUUCUACGCUGACCUUUCACUCGCUGGUCAAGCUUGCGAUGUCUUUGGUGUUGAUCUUCCUGAGCUGAAGCUCGAGGUCGAGUACCAGACCAAUGAUCGUCUGCACGUCAAGAUCUUGGAUACGAACAAUACCGUGUAUCAAGUUCCCGACGAUGUUUUCCCACGUCCUGGUCUUGGACAAUGGGCCUCGCCAGAGAACUCCAAGUUGAAGUUCGAUUUUGUGGCGGAUCCCUUCUCGUUUACUGUUUCAAGACGGGAUAGUGGAGAGGUGCUGUUUGAUACCUCUGGCAGCGAUCUUGUUUUUGAGAGUCAGUACGUUUAUCUCAAGACAAAGCUCCCCAAGAAUCCUCACCUCUACGGUUUGGGUGAGCACAGCGAUCCGUUCAUGCUGAACUCGACAAACUACACUCGCACUAUCUACACCCGUGAUUCAUACGGUACACCCAAGGGUCAGAACCUGUACGGCGCUCACCCCAUCUACUUCGACCAUCGCGAGAACGGUACUCAUGGUGUCUUUCUUCUCAACUCCAACGGCAUGGAUGUCUUUAUCGACAAGGAGGACGAUCAGCAGUUUAUGGAGUACAACAUCAUCGGUGGUGUUCUCGACUUCUACUUCGUCGCUGGUCCUGGACCCAGAGAGGUCGCUAAGCAGUAUGCUGAGAUCACGAAGCUACCUCUCAUGGCGCCGUACUGGGGUCUUGGUUUCCAUCAGUGCAGAUAUGGAUACCGUGAUGUUUACGAGGUUGCUGCUGUUGUGGCGAACUACUCUACUGCUGGAAUUCCGCUGGAGGUUAUGUGGACGGAUAUUGACUACAUGGACCGUCGACGAGUUUUCACUAUUGACCCUGACCGUUUCCCUGCGGACAAGUACAAGGACCUCGUUGACACGAUCCAUUCGCGUAAUCAGAAGUAUAUCGUCAUGGUUGAUCCCGCUGUCUACGACAUGGAGUCCAACCCUGCUCUUGACUCAGGUCGCGAGUACGACACUUUCAUGAAGGAGCCCAAUGGUACAGACUACCGCGGUGUUGUCUGGGCUGGACCUAGUGUCUUCCCUGACUGGUUCAAUCCCGACUCUCAACAAUACUGGAACGAGCUCUUCAUCAACUUCUUCGACGGCGAGCACGGUCCUGAUAUCGAUGGUCUGUGGAUCGACAUGAACGAGCCAGCAAACUUCUUCAAUCGCCCUUAUCCCGGAAACAACACUACUCCCGAGAACUUUGCUGAGGUCGACGGUGAUCCACCCAAGCCUCCUCCCGUCCGCGACGGUCCUCCUGCCCCUAUCCCUGGCUUCCCCGACAGCCUUCAGCCUCCUUCUUCCCGUUCUGAAAGACGUGAGGUUACCCCUCUCGCGCAAACCCCCAUCAUCAAGCGCUCUGCCUCUCGCAACCGUGGUGUUGGAAACUGGGCUAUCAAGAAGACCUGGGGCCAGAACAAGUACGGUCGUCCUGGAUCUAGCUGGCAGAACGGCAAGAGCACUGGUUCUGGCUGUGGUCCUAAGGAGUGCAAGGGUCUUCCUGGCCGAAAGCUCAUUCAACCACCCUACAUGAUCCAGAACGGCGCUGGUCCUACGCUUGCUGAUGGAACUACUGAUACCGAUCUUGUGCAGAGUGGCGACUACAUCCAGUAUGAUACGCACAACCUUUACGGUGCUAUGAUGUCUACCCACUCUCACAACGCCAUGCGCGCUCGUCGUCCUGACAAGCGUGCGCUUGUCAUCACCCGAAGCACCUUUGCUGGAUCCGGCAAGGAUGUGUCUCACUGGCUCGGCGACAACCUUUCCAUUUGGGAUCAAUACCGCUUCAGCAUUGGUCAAAUUCUCCAAUUCGCUUCUAUCUACCAGGUCCCCGUCGUCGGACCCGAUGUCUGCGGCUUUGGUGGUAACGUUACCGAGACCCUCUGCGCUCGAUGGGCUACUCUGGGAAGUUUCUACACCUUCUUCCGCAACCACAACGAAAUCACUGCCGCAUCGCAGGAGUUCUACCGCUGGCCCAAGGUCGCUGAGGCUGCUCGUAACGGUAUCAACAUCCGCUACCAGCUCCUUGAUUACAUCUACACUGCCAUCUACAAGCAGAACCAGACUGGUACUCCUACUCUUAACCCUCUGUUCUUCAACUACCCCAACGACAAGAACACAUACUCCAUUGAUCAUCAGUUCUUCUACGGUGAUGGAAUUCUUGUCAGCCCUGUUACCAAGGAGAAUAGCACUGAGUUGGAGUACUAUCUGCCUGAUGAUAUUUUCUACGAGUGGUCCACCGGCAAGCCCGUCCGCGGCGAAGCCGCUUACAAGUCUGCUGAAGUCGAACUCACCGACAUUAUGGUUCACUACAAGGGUGGCAUCAUCUACCCCCAACGCGUCGAAAGCGCCAACACAACCACCGCUCUCCGCAAGAAGGGCUUCAACCUCGUCAUCGCGCCUGGUCUUGACGGCGAAGCUUCUGGUUCUCUGUACCUCGACGACGGCGAGUCAGUUGUUCAAGAUGCUGUCUCCGAAAUUGACUUCACCUACACGACUGGCAAGCUGAGCAUGACUGGUAGCUUUGAGUAUGACGCUGGAGUCAAGAUCGAGACGAUUACCGUUCUUGGCGUCGAGAAGCAGCCUGAGGGUACAGAUCACGCUGAGUAUGAUGAGGAGAACAAGAAGUUGACUUUUGUGGCGGAUGUACCUCUGAAGAAGAAGUGUUACGUUGAUCUUUUCUGA